AUGCGUCUCAAUCUCUGGCAACUGUCCGCCGUUCUCUGCGCCGUGGGCACAACCACAGCAUCGCCUUUGAGAUAUUUCGACCAGACCAUCCUCAGCCUCGGUGAGGAAACCCUGACUCGCUUGUCGCCUGCUAAGACCAGCAUACAGUUUGGCGACAUCGACCUAACAGAGAAGCCGGUCAAACCUCUUGACCACCACUUCCCGCUCGACUUUCUCCGGAUGAACGUCAUGAACACCUCUCUAGCGGUUGAGCAGGGUGUGAUCUCCGAGAACGACACAGACUGCGCAGUAAGGGGCACGAACACGAUCGUGACAGUCCCCAACAAGUAUAAUUCUCCAUCGCGCAUGACGUUCGACUCCGAGGUACCCGUUGACUACAACGUCUCCCAAUUCUUCAACUUCAAGGGCCUCACAAUGAAACCUGUGGGCCCGCUCCAGCCUUUCACCGUCGCAGAGGUCCAUGCGUGGAGGAUUGCGAAUGGGACCGCUCUGAAAGUGUACAAUGUCUUUGCAGUUUGGGGAGGCAAAGGUCACGCUAAUCCCAUCGUGGGAGACUUCCCCAAAUUUUUCCCGGGCUGGGGAGAGGAUGUGAAUGUGGUGGAAAUCUCGGCGUAUACGCAGGAGAGGAAGCCGUGGGAGCUGUGCAUUGGGCGCAUCGAGUUCGAACUCCACGAGAACGCGGACGACGAGACUCUCACAUUGAACUAG